AUGACAAAGACAUGCAAGCGAUGUACGGCAGGGCAACCACGCUGUAUCCGCGUACCCUCGAGAUGCUUGAUUCAACUCGUCGAGGAGAUCGACGCUGGUCGAAACAGCGUAACCCUUAAAGAUGGCAGGCGUGUAACCACUCGUGGAUGGCAUACGAUGUUUGAAGCAAUGCACGGGACUUACCUGGACUACUGCCUCAACAUCCGUCAAAAAUACUCGGAAGAGGUCAUUCGACAGUCUUACCAGAAAUUAGGUGUUGAACCCUACAUUGGCUGGAAGCUAGAGUCAUUCUCGCUUGACCACGAGAGUGAGGAUGAGUAUAAAGUGACCUCGCACGUACGCAAUUCGAAGACGGAUCAGCUUCUGGUGGUGAAAUGUAAAUACAUCAUCGGUGCAGAUGGAGGUCAGUCGCUGAUUCGACGUCUGGCCAACGUUCCCAUUGAGGGAGAGCGUACCACCACCGAGAUGCUGGCUAAAUACGGUAACCGGCUUACCGAGGAGGACGCGAAACAGGAAGCCGUCAAGUCAAUGGAACCAUUUACCCUGGACCUCGAGAGUAUAGAAUGGUGGACGUUGUACAGUAUCAACCAACAUGUUGCCGAUACCUACAUCAGUAACAAUGGAGUCGUCCUGGGCGGCGACGCGUGCCACACUCACUCCUCGGGAGCCGCCCAGGGCAUGAACACCGGCGUGCACGACGCAGUCAAUCUGGCCUGGAAGCUCGGUGAAACCUACGACAGUGAAUGCCGCCCAGCCGCGCACCGCCUUAUUGAGCUCGACAAAGCCUUCUCCGCUGUGAUAUCUGGCCAGAUCCCAGAUUCGUAUAAAGGACGGUACACGGCCGCAAACGAGCUCUUCACAAAGCUUUUCAACGAGACGAUCCAGUUCUCAAUUGGGCUCGGAAUUCACUACAACGAAAACAUGAUUAAUCGGCCCUCGACUACCGGUAUGACAUCCGCUGGUUGGAGAGCUCCAGACGGCCUGGUGUAUCCCCCCAGGCUCGCGCCUGCCGGUCCGUACGUCUUAAUCCUUGCCGGGCAGCCGUCCGAAACCCAAGCAAAUCUAGCAAUAGUAGUAGAAGCGCUGGGUGCACUCGUCACUCGCCUUCCCAGAGACAUGAUCCGGUUCAUAACUGUCGUCGCCCAAAAUGUGGCCCAUGGCGACAGGUUCUUCAGUAUUCCAAGACUCGGGUAUUUCUGCUUUGACCAAGAUCAAUCGGCCCAUGCUGCAUAUACUAUCUCGCCUGGAAGGGGUGCGAUGGUGAUCCUAAGGCCCGAUGUCAUUCAUGUGAUGCGCUGCAGCACAUCAAGGUUUGGAAGCCGUCUAAGGCGCUUCGAGCAUGCCGAGUACAUUGAAUGCUGCAAAAGACCAAAUGACUUGUGGCCGUUGUGGCUAAGCGUGGAGAAGCAGCAGCGCAAAGCAAGAAUACCCACAGGACUGAAGCAUAGAUCAACCUCAAGGCAGAUACAAGGACUCAUCGCAAGCCAGAUUCAAAAGCAGGGUACAACGAUGCGAGCAGCCCAAUUCUACGCCGCCGGCGACGUACGUGUUGAAGAUGUCCCAGUUCCGCAAGCUAGUGAUGACAGAGUCCUGAUUGAGGUCGAAUGGUGCGGGAUAUGUGGAAGUGAUCUCAAUGAGUACAUGUUCGGGCCUUUCGCGAUUCCCUCCCUUCAAUCUGGACCACACCCGCUCACAAACGCUCUGCUCCCUGUGACGAUGGGGCACGAGUUCACAGGACGCAUUAAGUAUGUUCCAGAGUCCAUCUCCCACCUCAAGAAGGGGCAGGCAGUCGUCGUCGACCCGCGCUACUAUUGCUCCUCUUGCACGCCCUGCUUGCAUACGGCCACAAACAGCUGCGAAAAGAUCGGCUUCAUGGGGCUCUCUGGAGGUGGCGGCGGCCUUUCAGAAUUUGUCGCUGUCAGACCGGAGGCUGUGCAUGUUCUCUCUGAGGACGGUUCUGCGUACAUGGAUCUCGCAGCCGCAGCCCUGAUCUAG